ACUUGUUGAAGGGGUUAAACCAAAAACCUAAAAUACACUAUAUAAAUAUGAAAGUCAAUUAGCGUACGCCAAGAAUAGAGAAAUAAGAGAUCAGAAAAGUUGUAGCGAUCUGUUUGGCGUUUUUCAGAUCUAAAAACAGCUUAUUGAUGAUGGUUUCGAUUAUUAGAAGCAGUUUAUCGUUCAUUACAGGCACGGCUUUCGGAGUGUACAUAGCUCAGAACUACAAAGUACCCAACGUUAAGACACUAGCUUCCAUGGCUCUUUCUAUGGCUAGCCAAAUAGAACAGGCUUAUAGGAAGCCCAAGCCCAAGAACAGAGAUGAUGAUUCUUAAUUACUUCUUCUCUAAUCUCUCUUUCUGCUCCACCACUUUUUUUAUAGUUAGAAGGAAAAAAAUGUUUCUUUAUUCCCUUUGUAUGAUGGAGUGAUUACAUUUAUUGUUUAUCUUCUGUUUGAUGUCACUCAGUGUUCUAAGUUUCUGAAUGUGAAGUUUUUUUUUGGACAUUGUAUUGUGUAGUUUAUAUUACUGCAUUUUCGACUAGUCUUUAUGCAAUCAAAUGGUGCAUUUUCAAGAUGAAACAACAUAUUCCUUUGAAUUUCUAAACUUUUCUUUUUAAAUUCCCUAUACCGCUAGAACCAAAAUAAAACUGUAUACAAUUCUAUAAUAUGAUAUGAUGACACGGA